CUACACACACCCACAAGGAAGACACACACACGCUCUAACUUGCUCUAUAGCCUCUUCGGUGGGCAAAUCUAGCAGACUGCGGAUGAGAGCUUAGUUAUUGUGUGUCUAUGAUGGUACUUUAAACUGUUGGUCAUCUAUAACAUAUAGCUCACGUGGUGUACAUCAGUUUAAGCAACUUUCAGUUUUGAGAGCUUGUGUUUGGAAAUGGUUUGGCUCCGUGGAUCUAAAGUGCUGUCCCUGCUGUUGACAGUGUCUCUCUGUCUCUGUGUGUCACCUUCUCUAGACACAGGUGCCGUAUUGUUGAAGUACACCAAGACUCCUAUGGUUGGGACUGAGAGCAUGCCCUUGAGGCUCAUCUGUAAGGCAGUGUAUGACACAAAACAAUGUGGUCGUAUUGAUGCCUUUUGGUGUCAUCACACUUUGGAAGAGUGUCCCAAGCUCAUUGACCUCGGCAAGUACCACACUGUUGUCAACGAGAUGGUUACGGAGGACUACAGUGUCAGACAUAGACACGUUGUAACAGACUUCAUAGAACUGACCCCUGCUGACCGAGGAGUCUAUCAGUGCAAUGCAGUAUGUGAAAUGGGAGGCCAUACUGCCAUGGGACACUACAUAAAUAUCACAGUCAAAGCAGCUCCAAUAAUAGUUGAUCAAAGAAAGGCCAACAAUGGUGGACUGAACUGGACAUACAGCACUGGCACAAUACUGUGGUCCCUUCUCCUAAUACUGGAGUUACUUGAGGUUAAUCAUUGAGCUGGUCUGGUAGCUGAUGGCAGAUGGCGUCAAGGCUGAAAAUGACCUAUCAAUUAUAAUGGAGAUACCAUCUACGAUACAGCUUUACAGUAUAUCAAACCCAAACAUUUAACUGAAUUGUUUUACAUACAGUGCCUUGCGAAAGUAUUCGGCCCCCUUGAACUUUGCGACCUUUUGCCACAUUUCAGGCUUCAAACAU